GGCUGCGCACGGGAAGGGACGCUGGUGGCUGCCCCGGGCGCCGGGAAUUCUGGGGGCUGCGCAGGUCUCCUCUGUUUGCUACUGGGAGGGAAAUGGAAGAUUCUUUCCCCAUGGUCUUGAAUGUUUGACUUCAUGGGAUGAGGUUCUGGCUAUUUGAAGCCAACAGAAAGCCAGGCCAGGUGAUUGAGGACAAAGUGUCUAUGUGGGUCAUCUGGUGCUGCCAAAACGAGAAACAGACAGACCUAGCUGAAGCAAAGGCUGAUGACCAUGGCAUACCAGGUCCUCCUCCCAUCAAAGCUAUUCCUACUGGGCAUAGUGCUUUGGCUCCUGGCAUCUGCAUACAUCUCUUCAUGCCAUAAUAAUCUUGUCCAGAAACAUUUCUCACUGUCCAGUCCAGAGAAGAGCAGUAUCCAGGAAAAAAAGAAAGAGGCAGCGUCAGAGGAAGAACUUGACAGUGAAGAUCUGAAUGUGUUUUAUCCCACGAACCAAUGGCAGACCCUUCAGCCAGGUCAAGCUGUCCCUGCUGGUUCCCAUGUGCGUCUGAAUCUGCAGACUGGAGAGAGAGAAGUAAAGCUCCCAGAUGGGGAAAAAUACCAAAAUAACUUGAAAGAGCAAAAAAAAGGCCAAAGGUUGGACCUCAACACACAUGGUUUCACAACUCAGGAACUCAAGAGUGCUCUUGAAAAAUUCAAGGAGGGAGCAUGGGGUGAAAAGGAAGAUAAGGCCCGACAGGAAGAGGUCAGGCGACGUUUCCGCCCUAUUGAGGAUCUGAAGAAGGACUUUGAAGCCUUGAAUGUUGUCAUUGAGAGUGACCUCCAGAUUAUGGUUCGGCUGAUCAGCCAGUUCAACAGCUCCAGCACCACCCUGGAAGAGAAGAUAAUGGCUCUCUAUGACCUGGAAUAUUAUGUCCAUCAGAUGGAUAAUGCCCAGGACCUGCUCUCCUUUGGAGGUCUUCAGGUGGUGAUCAGUGGGCUCAACAGUACUGAGAACUUGGUGAAGGAGUAUUCUGCUUUUGUGUUGGGUGCUGCUUUCUCCAGUAAUCCCAAGGUCCAGGUCGAGGCGGUUGAAGGUGGUGCCCUCCAGAAGCUGCUGGUCAUCUUGGCAACUGACCAUCCUGUGACUGUGAAGAAAAAGGUGCUGUUCGCUCUGUCUUCGCUCCUUCGGCACUUUCCCUACGCUCAGCAGCAGUUCCUGAAGCUGGGAGGCUUGCAGGUCCUGAGGAGCUUGGUCCACGAGAAAGGCAUGGAGAUGCUGGCCGUGCGUGUGGUCACCCUGCUGUAUGACCUGGUCACUGAGAAGAUGUUGGUAGAGACUGCUGAGCAUGGCCAGGAUCCCCCAGAGGAGAAGGUACAGCAGUACCGCCAGGUGGAGCUUAUGCCGGGACUUAAGGAGCAGGGCUGGUGUGGCAUCGUUUCGGGUCUGCUAGGGCUGCCGGAGCAUGACAUGCGGGAGAAAGUGCUGCGGACCCUGAGUGCCCUCCUCACCCCUUGUCGGGACCGUUACCGCCAAGAUAUCCUACUCAGCAGCACGCUGCAAGGUUUACGGGACGAGUACCAGGAGCUGGCAGCUCUGGAACAGCAGGACGGGGAAGAGAAUGGUUACUUCCAGGAGAUGCUGGGCACCAUCAAUGGCUUCAUCCAGGAGCUUCGAUGAGCUCACCCCUCGGGCCAGUGGUGGAUAGAGAGGGAGGCACGGCAUUCAAAGGAACUCUUGGGGAUUGAGGGAAGACUUGCCACCCUGACGCUGACAUGUCCUGCUGACCCUGUAUUGGCCAUUAAAUGGUGGUGUUGAAAGUUU